AUGACAAUAUCGGAGCAAAAGUCUAAUUUAUACAGAAAAUCAAGUCUGUCAACUAGGUCGCCAUCCUCAAGCAUUUCGUCAAGUUUCACCACCAUAAACGGUUUACCCAGAUCACGCUUUGACGAUAGAGCUACUACAAAGACUAGCUUGGCAUUACAAGAAUACAAGAAAACUUCAUUUAACAAUGAAAAAAAGACGCAAUGGUCAGAUGAACAGGCUGCUCUAAGUAGUAUGUUUAAAUGGUCACCAUUAAGCAAAAUAAAUCAUAUAAUCGAGUCAUCGUCUUUUAUUUCCGAAAGAGGCACAGUGCUGCAAGUAGUUUCAAAUUCAAUCUAUAUCGCAGUUAGUACUUCCAAGUCUAUAGUGGUCAUUUUCAACUACAAACAAAGCAUCGAAGCAAUUUUAAAUGACGAACUGAAUAAAGCGCUGAAACUGGGGCAAGGGCAAGGGCAAGGGCAAGGGCAAGGGCAAGAGCUGACGCGAGAGAUUAGACGUGAUCCAAGACACGAGCUCGACAAUGAUCCUCAUUUCUUCCCCACUUCCUCCCGGGCUUCCCCAUUCUCUGCUACUGUAGAGUUCACAAAAACUGCCCCCAAGGGUAAAAUCUCGGCUAUGGCAUUUUCAUCAGACUCCAGUUUCUUUGUGGCGGGCUAUGAGAACGGACUGAUUUGUGUUUGGGACUUGAACUCAAAUAGAUCUCGGCUGCUUCCGAGUGUGAUUCGACCUUUUUUCACAAUCUAUCCGAAAUUGCCACGUGCAAGGAGCGAAAUAGAAGGACACGCCAUCAACACUUUAAUCAAAUCUGUUAGGUUUCUACAUCCGCAUAAUAAUCAAAUUAUGAGCAUAGAUGCCUCUGGCUUAAGUCUAUUCCAUAAAAUUCUGCAGAAGUUGAUGACUCGUUACGCGACAUCCAAUAGACUAUGUGCAAAAAAAGUUCAAAUGCAAGCCCAAUUACCUCUUGGCUCAGCGUAUGAGAUCACGGACGAAAUGGGAGUUAUUUCGUUGCUAAGUAAUGAUGAUUUAAUGAUUAUUUCAUCUACUUCUUUAAAUGACCCAGAAGUGAUUAAUCUUCGACAACAAUAUACUUAUAAUAUCAGAUCAAAUACCUCAAACCAACUUUCAAUGAGCUGGUUCCCUUGUUCCAAAAAACCUAAAGGUGUUGAUACAGAGGGUGGCGGAAAAGGAGUUGUUAAUGCAAAACUUGCGUGUAGCUGGGGGAACAUUUUGCACAUCAUUGAACUUGAUAACGAAAUCUUGCCUAGCAACUUGCGUCAGAUUGUUGAAGAUGCAAAGGAUAAAGAUCGAGCGGUCCCGAAACUACCAUUUAAAAGAACCUGCAAAUGGCACGAGGCAUCCAACAUAGUUGACUCAAAAUGGAUUCUGACUGACAUAUUGUGUGUGUUUCUCUUGAUGGAAGAUACUUCCGGAUUACAGAUGAAAACAUAUUAUUAUGAUGGCUCUACUUUGAUUCCAAUUGCUAAAGAUGAAAUUUGCGGCGAUGUGCAAAAGGUUGAUCUUGCCAAACAAAGUUUGUUAGCAUUGAAGGACGCCCGCUUAUAUAUGGGAAGACAAUUAAGUUGGGCAGAUCUAAUUUUGCGAAAAGUUUCCCAGAGUCAAUAUCAAGACGCUUUACAGCUAGCUGAUGAAUACUAUCAAACAUCGUCUGUUGGCUUACUUGCAGCAGUUGGGCUCCCCACGAGUAAAGAUAAACGUUUAAAAUUGCUAUACCCUUACUUUUUGGAUAUAAUGAGAGCGUCAAUGCCGAGUUUAAGCAAGGAUUUCGAGCCAGCGAAAUUGCAUAUAUAUUUUGAUGUUUUAACUUAUGCCGCUUCUGACGACAUUUUGGAGGAAUUGCUCGAAUCAGUUGAUGACGACCAAGUUUAUUUCGAAGUUUUGGAGCCUUAUAUUUUGUUUGGCACAAUAAAAGUAUUACCUCCGAAUGUUUUGAAGCAUUUGAUUAAACAUUAUGUAUCAAUUGGAGAAGGCGAGUUGUUAACCGAACUUUUGUGCACAUUGGAUAUUAAAAGCUUAGAUAUUGAUCUCGCCAUCAAAUUGUGCACAGAGUAUCGUUUGAAUGAUUGUUUAAUAUACAUCUGGAAUAUGCUAUUAAACGAUUACCAGACACCUUUUUUUGAUUUUGUUCAAGAAUAUUCAAGUCCGCAAUUUGAACUUACAGAACAGUCUGCAAAGGCAUACACGUAUAUGACUUAUAUACUCACAGGAAGGCAAUACCCGACAGAUCGCUUAAUUAGCAAUAACAAUAAUAAUGAUGAUGAUGGUGGUGGUGGUGAUGAUGGUGGUGGUGGUGCGAAGGGUGCAAUUCGGUCAGUGUGCGACGCUCUUUUUUCUCAUACUGCAAUAAGAAGAGAUGGCACUUUAGUUCUAACACAAGAUAAGGAUAUUGUGUUUCCAUACUUGUAUUUAUUUCUUAAACGAAGUUCGAUUCUCAUGAUGUCGGUGCUAAAUGAAUUUUUUGAGUCGUCGUUUUUAAAUGAAAAUGAGAAAUACAAUAGACAAUACCUACUUGAAGUAUUGAUUGAUUUGUUUAGAGUUAAUGAAUCAAGUUUCACGGAGUUUGACAAAUGUCAAUUGGCAAUCUUUAUUGCACGAAAUUACCCGAAAUAUUUCCAAUUACUUCGACUUCCUGAGUCCAUAUUGGAUACUGUUAUCAACAGACUAUGUUCAAACACUAAUGCAACGCUUUCCGAGGAUUGUGAAUUGGCUCUAUGCAGUUUAAUACCACUAUAUACUCCCGAUGAUGAGAUGUUUGUUGAAAAGUUGAAGCUUUCCAAGUUUUACAAUGUUCUUUUCGACAUUUUCAAUGCACAGGGCAAAUAUUCUCGUGCAUUAGAAAUAUGGUUGAUGAAGCGAAGCAAAAAUGAUGGCCAUGAUGCUAGUGGUGUAAACAAUCGCAAUACUGUUGGUGAAGAGGAUGAUCCAUGUUUUGCUGGAGACAAUUCUUUUACAUUUGAAACAAUGAAUGUACUUGAAAGUGCGCUCAUAAAAACACAAGAUGUAAGUGAGAAACUCAAUGUUGCAAAGGUAAUCAAAAGCAAUUUUGAGAUAUUGGUCAGUCUAGAUUGGAAAAGAUUUUUGCAGCUAGUUAACAGGUAUGUUCCAAGCAUGCAUACUGAAAUUCUUGAUAUCAAUAACGACAAAAUUGCUUUUGCAUACAUCAAGACUUUAUUUUCCAUGCAUAUUACAGACCUCGACCCAUUUUUGUAUCGCUAUAUCCAGCUUAUGAUAAAGGAGGAUAGGCUCAAUGCAGUGCAAUUUGUUGAAAAAUGGGGAGAGAAGAUUGUCAGAAGCUCAAGCAGGAACCAGAUUGAAAAGGUUUUUAACGAUUUUGCAUUCACCGAGGGCAACGCUUGUUUACUAGAAAACGAUAAGGAUCAUCAAGGUGCAGUAGACUGCAUUUUGGCUCAUUUGCAAAGAAUAAGUAAACAUUUGCGAAAACAAGAUCAGCGGCAACGUUUCACAAGUUUGUUAUCGUACUGUUUUGCAAUCUGUGAAAACUAUGGAAAUCUGGUAAACAAUAAAGGUGAUGAAACUCACAAAAGUGAUAAAAUUGCGAAAAGUUAUGAAGAUGUUAGUGGCAAUGGCAAGUACAAUAAUGAAAAUCUACAUGCUGAUGAGAAGCUUUGGCUAAAGAUUAUAAAUUUCUUGGUUGAGAUGGCAAACACUUUUACUUGUGGGGAAGAGCAUCUAUAUUUCAACCAGUGCGUCCAAAACUGUUUUCGAAGAUUGAGUGACUAUAAAUUAACGACUAGUGAUGGAGAGCAAUCAUUUUUGGCCAUCUUUAACACCUUUCUUUCUCAGCACUCCAAAAGUGAUAUUGAGAAGGAGGAAGUCCAGGAUCUGGGUCAAUCUCUGGGUCAAACUCUGGGUCAAACUCUGGAUCAAAUUGGUGUUGCCACGUUAUCAAGCAUAAGAGGAGUUUUACAGGAGGUGUUCAUCUCCUAUUCUUAUGAGCUCGAAAUGUUAAAAAUUUCACUAAAAAUGUUGAAUAGUGAUGUCUACAAAAGAAUGCUAAUGAUUCGGGGAAACAAACUUAAAGGCUGGGCGAUCAAAUCUGCCAAGGAUUGUUGCGCUUGUGGGAAAUCAAUAGGUGGAAACAAAGAACAACUAGGGGAACCAGUUUUUGAUGAACAUGUACUCGCGUGGGAGGAUAGCCAACAACAGCAAUUAUUAUUGAUCAAGUCAGUGAAGAAACCAGCGAAUGAUGUUUUUGAAAACGAAGCAGACAAAGGAAAAGAUCAACUGUUUCAUUUCUUAGAGCUAACGUACUUUAAAUGUGGUCACGCAUAUCAUACAAAUUGUUUAGAGAAAUUAAGAAGCGCCAAACAUUGUGUAUUGUGUGCGGCGCAUAGACACUAG